AGUAGUAAUCUUCCCUGCAUUUCACUUUUAGGGUUUCCUGAAAAACUCCUACCUCUUUCCUAUUAUUCUAGCAGCUUUUCAUUGUAAACCAUAUUGUUCAUAGAUGGCUGGUGACCAAAUGAAAUCGGCAGCUGGGCUACUUUUGAUCCUGAAUUUCUGCAUGUAUGUCAUAGUUCUGGGCAUUGGUGGUUGGGCAAUGAAUAGAGCAAUUGACCAUGGUUUCAUCAUCGGAUCUGGAUUUGAGCUUCCUGCACAUUUUUCACCCAUAUACUUCCCAAUGGGAAAUGCUGCCACUGGGUUCUUUGUCACGUUUGCUUUGCUUGCUGGAGUUGUUGGUGUUGCAUCAGUAAUAUCUGGAUUCAACCAUCUUCGUUCUUGGACAUUAGAUAGCAUGCCAUCUGCAGUUACAGCAGCAACCAUUGCUUGGACUCUUACUAUCCUUGCCAUGGGGUUUGCCUGCAAAGAGAUUGAGCUGCGCAUCAGAAAUGCUCGUCUGAGAACGAUGGAGGCAUUCCUAAUCAUCCUUUCGGCUACACAGCUUCUAUACAUUGCAGCCAUUCAUUCGGCUGCAUAUAGAAGACCUUGAAAGUUGGGUGACAUGGUGUCUCUGUGAAUUGUCUUCUUUUCUUUUUCUUUUAUUUUGUUUUGUUUGUUCAUUUUUUACCCCUUGACCGUGUACAAAAAUGCCAAAGAUUUGGCAGACUUCCGUGUGAUUGCUGUGAUUACAGUUUGAUUUGAUUUGUAUGAACAAAUAAUAAGAGAUUGUUUGCUAAAGAA